ACGCAGAAGAAACCGUGCGCGUGUUGUCAUAAAUUCUUUGCGGAUUCGACCGCGUUGGAGGCGCACUGGAAGCUGGUGCAGCACAGCGCGCACGACGCCGUGUGCAACGCGUGCGGACGACACUUUCCGUCGUACGACACGCUGAGACAACAUUUGGUCGGGAAUUUGCCCAAGGCGUCGUGUGCGGAGGCGUAUAAGCGGGCAGGGUGUGAGAGGUGCUAUGAAAUAUUUCAAGAUGAUGAGGCGACGGCGAGUCACGCGUGCAUCUUUCGCGAGACGGAGGACGCGGACGACGACGUGGACGACUGGCCGUGCGUGGCGCUCGAUUGCGAAUUCGUGGGCGUCGGUGAGGCGGGUGAAAAACACGCGUGCGCGCGCGUGUGCGUUGUAGGAUCUAGUGGUGAGAUAUUACUUCACACUUGGGUGAAUCCCGGGGAAGAAGUCACGGAUUAUCGAGAAGAAUUGACGGGGGCGACGCCAGAGAAGCUCGCCGACGCGCCGUCGCUCGAGCGCGUGAGAGCGAUAGUGGUGCAAAUUUUGCUCGGCAAGGCGGUUCAGACUCGACGAGAGCACGUCGGUGUCAAGCACUUGUUGAUUGGUCACUCCGUCGAGCACGAUCUCGAGGUAUUGGACAUCAAAUGGAAGAAGGGAAUGCGGCGAGACACGGCGCAAUUUCCACUCUAUCUUCGCCACACGCACCUGCCGUUCAAGCUUCGCGCGCUCGCCGAGCAAUUCUUGGGAGAGAAAAUUCAAGAAGAAGGUGAGGCGCACGACCCUUGCGUCGACGCCAGAAUCUCCAUGCGCCUGUACCAAGCCGCGAAGCGCAGAGAUCAC